AAUUUUGCCCAGCAUUGCACGGCAGGCGAACGCGUCCGAAGAUUACGUAUAGAGAGAGACUACCAGGUGGAGGAGAUCGCGAGUUAUUUCGAGUUUUUUUUUUGCUGUUGUGAAGAUGUCGCAAACCCUGGACGAUCUCAAGCUGCAACAGGUGCAUGCCCGCCAGCUUCAGUUGCGUCAGGCGACACGCUCCAAAUUUCGACGCAUUAACUCAUUGGACCUUAUACCCGAACAUCCCAGUCAAGAUGAGUCCGAGAGUGAGGAUUUGACCAUGCCGCAUAGGCAUUUUGUUACUUUGCGCCGUCAGAAGACGGCCGAUGGAAGUUUGCUGCGUAGCAGCCAAACAUUAUCCCAAACCCAGACGGAGCAGACAUUGAGCACAAAGAUAUUGUUAUUUGCUCCGCAAUUACUGUUCCGGAUACUUUUGACAGUGCUGCGAUAUGUGCUCUAUAUACCAUUGUCCAUAGCGGCGCCAAGUUUUUGGCUUUCGGCCCUUUUGUGGAUAUUUUGGAAGCUACUGCGCGUACCCAUUGCCCUGGUCAAGUGGCUGCUAACCAAUGAGGAGGAAAUGAGACCGGGUACAGCCCAACGCCAGAAAACCGUACUUCUUAGCUGCGGCAGCACCAUACAGACUUUGCAUUUGGCCAGAAAUUUCUACGGUUCUGGAGCCCGAGUGGUGGUCUUUGAGUUUGAGGGUUUAUUUGGACUGGCACGGUUUUCCACAGCCGUGGAUAAAUUCUAUGUGGUGCCGCGGCCAAGUACCAACAAUGUGGAGCAGUAUAUAGCCGCACUUUGUCACAUUGUGAAGAAGGAACGUCCAACUGUCUAUGUGCCGGUGUGUGCCACCAGUCCGGCCUACUAUGAUGCUUUGGCCAAGCCGCAUUUGGAGUUGUUGGGUUGCGCCAGUUUUGUUCCCGGAGUCCAAGAAACCCAGCAACUGGACGAUUGCCUGCAACUGUUUCAGCGUUGUGAGGCUCAACAAAUGGCACUGCCUGCCCAUCAGGUGCUCACAUCACCUGAACAACUGCCACAGAUCUAUGAGAGCGGAUUCGUGGGUAGCUAUCGUAAUAUCCUAAUGGCAGCCGGCAUGCAGGGAGUGCUGGAGCGACACAAGUAUGUGCUGCCCAAUAGGCGAUCGGAAUUAAAGUUCAAUCAUCAUGAGAUAAGCGAACAACAGCCCUGGCUAGUGGUGCGGGAUCAGCCGGGCUAUCAUCAUUAUGUGACCUGUACCACAGUCAAGGACUCGCGGGUGGUAGCUAAUGUCAGUUGCCGUGUGGAACAUCAUACAAAGAAUCUGAUACCGGUGCGACGUGAGGAUGAGACCCAGAUUGAUCUUUGGCUGCGCUCCUUCUUUGCCAAGGUGCGUUUUCAGCGCAGCAUCAAUGCACAUAUCAGCUUCCGUUUGGUCAAGUCCCCGGCCCAUGGUGGACAGUUCGUGCCCUUGGGUACACGGUUGGGUGUGGCCUUGCCCUACAUAUGCCAUCAUCGUUCGCAUGCCCAGCUCCUGUGCAGGGCAAUGAAAUGCAUUCAUAAACGCGGCGGGCUGCCGGAAGAUGAGCUAUCAAACUGGAGUUGGUCAUCCCUGGAGAGGACGUCAUCGACAACGGCGCUGGACAAGAGAGAGGCCCUGUUUGCCUACUGGGAUCCAUUGCCAUAUUGUGCAUACUACCAUUUCCAGUUGCCGCUGGAGUCCGUCAAGUUGUUUUUGCAACGACGUUCUGCGACCAAAAGUUUAUCGCCUCGUAUCACGGUGCCGGUUCAUUGAACGUGGAUCAUGCCGGACACGUUAGGGGAUUGGGUAUGGGGCAUUUCAGGUGACGAUGUAGCCGGUUGGGUGGGCGGGGGAAUCGCGGCGGGAUAAGGGAGUGAGAGAGAUUACACAGACUGAUCAAUAAUAAACAUCUACAUAUACAUAUAUAUAUAAUAUACAUUGCGCAUUUGCUCGCACGCAUCGAAUGGGGUUCAACAUCCAUCUAAGAAGAUUAGGCAUUGUAAACACUAUAUUUUUGUAUAUAUGUAACUAUGUACAUAUACAUAUACAUAUUCAUAUGGACGAACGCAUAAGUUCGUUAGCUUCGCAUUAUAAAUAAUUUAUACAAUAUACGCUUUAAUUAC